UUUGUCAACUACCAGAAAACAAUUUCAGAGAAGAAGAAACCCACCAGGGGCUAGUGAACUAGCCUAAUUGAAAGCAUUAUUAAUCGAAAUAUGGCUGCUGUUCUUCCCUUACGACCGCCCUGUGAUAGCAACCCCGCAACCCCUGGAGCACAGUCUAUAAAGGAGGAUGUUAUUGAUGAGGUGUCGAAUGAUGGAAGCCAACCUCCCAAGAGAAGAAGAAUGGGUUCAGGGGACAGUUCCCGAAGCUGUGACACCUUCAGCCAAGAGCUUGGAGCUACUUAUUUUCCAGCAGAAAACCUUACAGAGUACAAGUGGCCACCAGAUGACACAGGAGAGUAUUACAUGUUGCAGGAGCAAGUCAGCGAGUAUCUCGGGGUUACGUCAUUCAAGAGGAAAUAUCCUGAUAUGGAAAGAAGAGACUUGUCCCACAAAGAGAAGCUCUACCUUCGGGAACAAAAUGUCAUCACAGAGACGCAGUGUACUCUUGGUCUGACAGCUCUUCGGAGCGAUGAAGUGAUAGAUCUGAUGAUUAAGGAAUAUCCCACCAAGCAUGCAGAGUAUUCAGUCAUACUGCAAGAAAGGGAGCGACAGAGAAUAGCUAAAGAGUACUCCCAAAUGCAACAGCAGAACCCUCAGAAGGUGGAGGCUAGCAAGGUUCCUGAGUACAUAAAGAAGGCGGCAAAAAAAGCGGCCGAAUUCAAUAGUAACUUCAACAGGGAGCGCAUGGAAGAGAGGAGAGCUUAUUUUGACCUUCAGACACAUAUCAUCCAAGUUCCACAAGGCCGGUUCAAGGUGCUAGCUCCAGACUUAACCCGGACAGGGCCCUACCCGGUGGCUCUCAUACCAGGACAGUUCCAAGACUACUACAAAAGGUACUCGCCCAAUGAACUGCGCUAUUUGCCGUUGAACACUGCUCUGUUUGAGCCUCCGCUGGAUCCAGAACUCCCUGCUCUGGACUCCGAGCCCGACUCUGACGAUGCCGAGGAUGGCAAGGAUGAAAAGAAAAACAAGAACUCAUCUGACAGUUCAUCAGGCAACACAUCAGACGUGGAGAGCCAGGAGGGUGGAGGUGGACAGAGCAAGUCCAAAGCCAAAGACAGGACCUCAACUUCUGGAAAAGACCAGCGCCAUUCCGCCCACAAAGCAGCCCAAGGGUACAAGCCUAAGGUCAUUCCCAAUGCUAUAUGUGGCAUUUGCCAGAAGGGUAAAGAGGCCAACAAGAGAGGCAAACCAGAGGCUCUCAUUCACUGCUCCCAAUGUGAUAACAGCGGCCACCCGUCCUGCUUAGACAUGACUCAGGAGCUGGUGUGCGUGAUCCAAACAUACCGCUGGCAGUGCAUGGAGUGCAAAACCUGCACCGUGUGCCAGCAGCCCCACCACGAGGACGAGAUGAUGUUCUGCGACAUGUGUGACAGAGGGUACCACACCUUCUGCGUGGGCAUGGACUCCAUACCGACAGGUCUUUGGAUUUGUGAGGUUUGCGACAAAGACGUUACCACAACCAAGAAGAAAGGAGGGGUCAAAACGCCAAAGAAGUCCAAGUCCAAGUGAUCCCCAUAAUUCACCAAAAAAUAUUCCACGCACAUAUUGCAUCCAAAUGCACUGCCAUUAAUUCAAAACUUUCUUGUCAGAACAAUAAUUUGGUCCAAAGAAACAAGCAAACUAAAUACCAUAAUACCAUAAUAAUGAUGAUGCCAAUGAUGAUGGAUUUAGGUCAGCUGAUCCCCACUUGCCUACCAAGCAUUCCCCUAUGUUUGUGAUUAAACUUAUGACUCAUGCAGUGGGCAUUAACUUUAACUGGUGAGCUUUUUAGCAUCAUGAAUGGCAUCACUACAGUUUCAUCAAAACACAGUUAACAUGAUAUUAAACAUAUUCAUUUCCAAGUUGUUUCGGGAGUGAUCAACUGUUUGGGAACUAGUUUUGUGUGAACAAACGGUGCUUUGAUUCCAGUCCCAUUCUGCUGAAUAUACCUCACAGUUGUUUUCCUGCCAUUUUCAUGUUUCUCUUUAUUUUAUUACAUUUUGGGUCGUUUUCGUGUUUAUUUGUUGUUGUUUUUUUUUAACAAAUGGUGCUUCCAUCCUGUGUAAUGUCGUUAUGUGACUGAGUGAAAGAAUUCAUGGAGUUUUUACAUUUUUUGAGCAAGGCUUUCAGCUAAUUGUGUCAGCCCUGUUAAGGUAAAGAAGAUAAAUGAAACCACUAGUUAGUAUAUUGAACUGUAAUAAUGCAAAAGUAGGUUCCAUCAUUUUGAUGACUUUUACAAAGAAAUGAUUUGUUUUUGUUUUCAUUUGUAAUUCUGUUUUGUAUUUUUUAAGGAAUAUUUUGUUUGCUUUCCUUCAACAAUUAAGUUGUUGAGGGAUUCUUUUCUACUAAUGUCAAGGCCACUGAUUUACUAAGUGUUUUUACAAUGAAGGCCUCUUUGAAAGGCAAUUUUUAGUUUUUUCCAUGACGUAUCACUAUAAAUUCUAACUUAGUUAUGUUCUUUUUUAUCCUUUUUAUUGUAGUUGAUGAGCAUCCUUGUGGUUUUCAUGUGAGGCAAUAAAAACAACCAUGACAACUAUGAAUGAUCACAAGCUACUGCGUUUUCCAAGUUUUCUAACCUUGCAAGAUUAGAAUACGUACAGGGAGUUAUUUAUUUUAUUUAGCCACUAUUUGGCCUGUUGACUGAAUAUGUUUCUUAAUUUGUAGACAACCUGACUAAUACCCUUAACGGGAAUAUUAAACCAGUGAUGCUUAGAUGGAAACUCAGACAAUCUUUAGAUUAAAGGGAAACAACAUUUAUCUAAUAUAUGAGUGGUAAAAUUAAUUUAAAUGCUUAAAUAUGCACCAUCUACCUUAAACCCACAACUAUUUGACAUAUGUACAACUUUUUCUCUGACACGCUGACUGUUUUGGGGACGAAAACUAACUGCAAUGUUUGGGAAUUAUCCACGCUUUGUAUAUCUGCUAUAUCUUGCAUUAGUUUUCCUGCAAAACGGAAAUACAUUGUAAUUGUGCAUAUGUUAUAUAAAGUGUUAAAUAAAAGAGAAAACUUUCCUAAAUCAAUAAA